UAAGACUUCCAGCACACUGGAGAAAUUCAUCUCUCCUUUUACAGGCAAGGGCGUUGCAUCUGAGAACAGCCAUGGGGUGGAAGAUCCUUCCCAUCUGCUUGCUGCUGCUGCUGCUUCCUGUUUUCUUGAUCCAACAAGUUUCAUCUCAAGAUUUACCAAGCUGUGCAGGGAGAUGUGGGGAAGGGUAUUCUAGAGAUGCCACCUGCAACUGUGAUUAUAACUGUCAACACUACAUGGAGUGCUGUCCUGAUUUCAAGAGAGUCUGCACUACAGAGCUCUCCUGCAAAGGCCGCUGCUUCGAGUCCUUCGCACGCGGGAGGGAGUGCGACUGUGACUCCCAGUGUAAACAGUAUGGCAAGUGCUGUGUAGAUUAUGACAGCUUCUGUGAAGAAGUGAAAGAUAACAAGAAAAACACCCCUAAAAAGAAACCUAAUCCAGAACCACCAGUUGUGGAUGAAGCUGGAAGUGGACUGGAUAAUGCUGUUCCAGGCACUGAUCUCUUGGCCGGGGGACUCAACCAAGGCAUUAACAUCAAUCCCAUGCUUUCAGAUGAGACCAAUUUAUGCAAUGGUAAGCCAGUGGAUGGGCUAACUACUCUGCACAAUGGGACAUUAGUUGCAUUUCGAGGUCAUUAUUUCUGGAUGCUGAAUCCCCUCAGACCACCAUCUCCAGCACGCAGAAUUACUGAAGUCUGGGGUAUUCCCUCUCCUAUUGACACUGUUUUUACUAGAUGUAACUGUGAAGGGAAGACGUUCUUCUUUAAGGAUUCUCAGUACUGGCGCUUCACCAACGAUGUAGUAGAUGCUGGGUAUCCUAAACAAAUUGUCAAAGGCUUUGGAGGACUAACAGGGAAGAUAGUGGCUGCUCUCUCAAUAGCCAAGUACAAGGACAGGCCUGAAUCUGUGUACUUUUUCAAGAGAGGUGGCAGCAUUCAGCAAUACACUUAUAAACAGGAGCCCAUGAAGAAGUGCACAAGGCGGCAGCCUGCCAUCAACUACUCAGUGUACGGGGAGGCAGCACAGGUCAGGAGGCGCCGCUUUGAGCGUGCUGUUGGACCUUUCCAGACACACACCUUCAGGAUCCAUUACUCGCUGCCCAUCAGAGUCUCUUAUCAAGACAAAGGUUUCCUCCACAAUGAAGUCAAAGUGAGCACAAUGUGGAGAGGGUUUCCAAAUGUUGUGACUUCAGCAAUAACCCUGCCUAACAUUAGAAAACCUGAUGGCUACGAUUACUACGCUUUUUCCAAAGAUCAAUACUAUAAUAUUGAUGUGCCUACUAGAACAGCAAGAGCAAUCACCACUCGCUCCGGGCAAACACUCUCCAAAAUCUGGUACAACUGUCCUUGAGCUGAUUGGCAAAGAAGAGUCAUCAAAAUGAGAUGAACAAACAGUGAUGCCUUUUGACAUUGAAAUCCAUUUUAUUAAUAAAGAAUGUUGAAAUGAG